CAAAAAAAAAAGGAAUAUGUGGUUGUGCUUACACAUGUCCACACAUCUAUGCAACACAAAGUUGGAAGAGAGAUAGAGUGUUAGAAACGGAGAGACAGGGUGGCCAACCACCACCUCCGGUGGCAGAGCCAUGGCGGAUCUGUCGGCAUCUUCUCAGCAUCAUCGGCGAGUGUUGUACCCCUACCUAUAGAGCAGAAGACAAGGAAUCCAGUGAGGCGGUGCGAGCUAGGGUUCUGACAAGACUCAGGUUAACUCCUGCACGAAUUCCGGUAAGAUGGGUCUAUCUUGUGUACGUUGAAGCUAUUUUCGAUGUUACAGGCCUUCAGUUAAGCUCCGGCGACUUCUCCGGUUACCUAUUUGGGUCUGGAUGUUGUUAGAUCUUAAAGAUUAGUGGAUGACCCGUAUCUGGAAGUCAGCGUGGGUACAAAGGACAGAUGGCAACGGUGGUUGCUAGAACUUAUCUUGAUUCAAGAACUGAUAUGGGUAUUUGAGUAAACGGUGGUUGCUGGAACUUAUCUUGAUUCAAGAACUGAUAUGGGUGUUUGUGUGAUAGAUCUUAAUCAGCUGAAAGCUUAAGUUUUUCAAGAAAAUUGAUCAAGAUGGUGAGAGGGAAGACUCAAAUGAGGAGAAUGCUGAAGUUGCUUUGAUCAUCUUCUCUCCAAGAGCAGGAGUUUUAAGGGUCAUAUUGCUCAUCAUUUUACUUGCAGCACUUUUAUAUUAUGUCAAAAGCCCUUCUAUGCAAUUUGCUAAAGUUGGUAAAUUAGGGUUAUAAAAUUGGGGCCAAACUGGGAACUCAGCACAAAAUCCGACAAAACCUAGCUCGAAAAUCUAGGGUUUGUAAGAACUUACGAAAGCGAAAUCAUCAUGAAUGGAGUUCAAGAAGAUAACAGUCGUCCCAUCUUAGCUGAUGAAUUCUACCAAGUAGAAGCGAUCAGAAAGAAGAGAUGUCACAAGGGGAAAGUGCAGUACCUUGUGAAAUGGUUUGGAUGGCCUGAAAACACCAACACUUGGGAACCGAUGGAGAAUCUGUUGAGUUGUUCAGAUCUCGUCGACAAAUUCGAAGAAAGCCUGAGGUCAGAAAGACCUACGAAUAGACCAAGUCAAGCAAGCUCUUCAACAGCAACUACGAAACCAACAAGGUGUACUUUGGUGGGCGCUCCGGGAAAACCCUAUUCAAGACACCCAUAAAGGAGUCUCAUGGCUGUAGAGAAUGAUCAGUUGAGCUUAUAAGUAGCAAGUACAUCAAAUGAGACACACCUAAGUAUUACUGUUGCUUAUGAUGUAUAAAUUUUUAUUUUGUUUCAGAUUUUGAAUCCAUUGCUCUCUCGUUUUGUUUUGGCUGAAUUUAGGCGGAUGAUGCCUUUUGUAGUUUUAAUUAUUAUUUCUUUUCUGUAGAGGCUUCCUGUUGGGCUAUAUUUUGGAUAUAAAACAAAAUCAUCAACAGUAA